UCUCAAUUUUAAUUUCACACACCACUAAAUAAAUAAAAGUAUUUUCAUUAUAUACAUUCAUUAUAUAUUUAAGCAAUUUUAUAUUUGAAAAGCCUUUUUUCGAUUCAGUGUCAAAUAUCAUAUGCUUACCUUUACUAAAUAAUGAUGGAUCAAGAAAAAACAGAAAGUACUGUGAAUCACGGAAAGAGAUCACGACCUUUGUUAUUACAACCAAACCCCAAGAUUCCUAGAUUAUCAGCAUAUGCAAACUCUACAUCCAGUUCAGUGCUAAAGAAUUCAAAGAGAGCAUCGACUCACUCAAAGAAGAUAAAAGUGUUGUAUAACGCUACUGAUGUUCCAGCCCCUGGCACACCUGUUCCCGACAAGGUUGUACGUAAAGCUGGGCCAUAUUUGCUUGGGCCAAAAUUGGGCCCUAGUCCGGUUAAGAGCAUUGUACAGUGCCUGGCACGCAAGGAGAAAAGUGACGAUUUUUAUCAAAUAAAAAUACUUACGUUAAAGCCUGAAGGCCAGCCUGAAACACAAGAUGAUAGACAGGGGAAAAUGUUGUUACAUACAGAGUAUUCAUUAUUAUCAUUAUUAGAGGAUCGGGAUGGUGUGGGACAUCACCAUGGACUUUUUAAGGAUCAUGCUCUAGAAGAAGCUCCCAACCCGAAUGGGCCAGGUUUUAUUUAUACCGGUAGAGUACGACAAAGGCUCUUUCUUGUGCUUGACUGUGUCAGUGCCCACCAAUUUAGUGAAAAAGGGAGCGAGUUAAUUAAUUUACAACAGUAUGUUACAAAAGUCAAGAAAGUACCUGAAAAAGAGGCGAUUUUGAUAUUUUAUGAUAUUGUGAGAGUAGUUGCUAAUUUACAUAAGAGAAACAUAGUGCACAGAGAUCUAAAAUUAGGCAAUAUUGUGUUAAACCAAAGGACAGGACGGGUGAUAUUAACAAAUUUCUGUUUGGGAACACACCUUGGCAGUGAUAGAGACUUAUUAAAGGAUCAGAGAGGAUCUCCAGCGUACAUAUCACCAGAUGUUCUAAUGUGUAAGCCUUACUUAGGCAAGCCAUCAGAUAUGUGGGCACUAGGAGUUGUUCUAUACACAAUGUUGUAUGGACAAUUUCCAUUCUGUGAUACAAGUCUAGCCCAGUUAUUUAGUAGGAUACAAGCUGCAAACUACAAUAUACCACCGGAUGGCAACCCAGUCCAUGUUUCUGACAACACAGUGUUUCUCAUACAGAGGCUGUUGGUAAAGGAUCCUAAACAUAGACUUGUCGCCGAUCAGGUGCUAGACCAACUAUCAAGUAUUAUAGCUAGUUAUGUUGUUGUGCCAAAUCCACCGGAAGAUCUGCAAGUCGUUCCAGACAUUCCCCUAGAGGAAGUGAAAGAGAAACCGUCUGAGAAAAGUAGCGAUUUGGAGAGGAAACCACUUUUCUCGGAUGCAGAGAGAACGCCUAACUCUAGUGACGAGUUAGGCGUAUACUGCGUUCCGUUACCAGAUUUCCUAGCCUUAAAUUUCCCCUCCCCAACCCGCGUUCAACAAAACAGUAUUCUGAUUCACCCCACAACAGACAACCACACGACCAAGCAAAUUUCCAUACAACGAAUAGGCCGCGACGCGCGACCCCUUCAGCCGAACGAAAUAGCUCGAUAUCAACAUUUAUUUUCCCGCAAUCAAGAAAACUCGAGAAUCAGAAAUUUAGCACAACGCAUUCCGCGGCUUAGUUCAGUUCCGUCAACGUCGAAUUCGGAAUUCCGCGCGAUACCGUGGUCCGAACGGAGAAUCGAUAGAUUAGAUUCGGAUUAUGUUUUGCGUUUUCCGGAUUCGAGACGGAUCAUGAAUCCGCCUCAAAUACACUCGGUUAAUCCGGAAGCGGUCGCUAAUAACCCCCGAGCGCCUACUGACAAUGAUCUCGAAUAUAAUUAAAUGUAUGUAAUAGAUUAUGGAAAAGCUCUGGAAAGCUUACUAAGAUUGAUUAAUUAAGUUUUUUUGAGAUACUUACGAUAAAAUGCCUCAUGAAUAAUCGAUAUGCAUUUUAAUUGCUAAUUACGGAUAACAGAAUUAGCUAAUUAAGUCGACUAUAAGAAGGAAAACUCUAAUUGAAAGUUUAGUACUGACAGUAUUUGGCUCAAUAUAUUUUUCUUUUGACACUACUAUAGUUAAAAUUAAUUUUCAUAUCCAUUGGCAUACCAAUUUUGUGUAUUAUAUUAUGCAUGGCCAAUUAUACAGUAAGUUUUUUUGUUGAGUGGCAAAAUGUUUUUUUUUAUGAGAGAUAACUUAACUAUACAUUUUAUGAAGUUGUUUCAGCAUGUGCAAGAUUUUCGAUAAGGUAAACGAUAAUGCUAUUUUAAUUUAGUAAUUAAUUUUAUUGGUGUAGGUGUAAAUAUAUUUUAUUUUAAUUACCGGCUUAAACCACGUAUUCAAUCGUUUUCCUAUUCUAUAGAAUAUGCUUAAAAAUCAAAACAGGUAGGUAUUUAGCAUUUAACUGAGUUGUAUACAUUCGUAUACAGAAUACAGUUAAAUAUGGUGUUUAACCGGACUUGAAUUUCUAUACAGAUAAUGGAUUUAGUAACUAUUUUUAUGACUUAUUGUAGUAUGUAAAUAGCUAUUUUUACUUAUACAAUGACAAUGUGAAAUACUUAAAAUUAUCGUCCAUCCCUUAAUUGUUUCUCGUUUUAAUGCCGGGUUUGUACCGGCACAAUUAAUACUAUAAUGUCAGUUUUUGAAAGCUCAAGCUAAGGGAUAUUUCUUUCUUGUUUUCGUUUAGUAACAAAUAUGCUCAAGCGCUAAUCAUGACUUCUGAACGUCCAAACCUUUUGGAUUUUAGACAUAUGGAAGUCAUAGUGUGAAAUUCAGAAACGAAACUUAAGACAAUAAGUAUGCGCUUAGUCUCGUUUCUCAGUCUCAUGAGUAUGUCUAAAUCUCAACCCAUUUUUAAACGGCUGGCCGGCAAUGCAAAUUUGAACUCCCAGAGAGUUCAAUUUUGCGUUUAGAGCUGAGAGAGAUCCCUGAAAGUGAAGGCCCUGUUCUAUAAAAAAAUGAAUGUUGAAGAGCUAUCUAACAUGUAGACAUUUGUAUAAUAAUGAUACUUAUCGGUUCUUUUAAAUUUUUUUCCAUUUUAAUUAAGGUUUUUGUAUUUUGUUAUUUAGUACUACAUAGAGAUAUUGUAGAUCAAUUUUGUUAUAUGUUCGAGAAUGACGGUAUGUAAGUAAAUAAAUAAAUUAUAUUUUAUA